AUGAACGAGAUAUUGAGACGAAAGAUGAAUUAUCCUUUGGACCUGGUUUUCAGAUAUCGUCUGGAAAAAUUCGGUCGAUUCUUGUAUGCAAACUUCAUUCGAAGGGGAGGAAAAGACGCAGCAGUAAUCAUGCCCCGCCUCAAAAUCCCUGGUUUUCCUUCCUCUGGAUAUGUGCAAGUUGCAGAGUCACUAAAUCGCAAAAUGCUUCUUCAUUGCACAACCAAUGUGAAGAAAGCAGAUGAUUCCGGAACAAACAGAGUGGGUCCUACUCAAGCGUGCACUACGAUGUCACCUCGAUUGGUUAUGAAACGUUUGCAAUCCAACUGCCAAGCUCGGCGAACUGGCCACCAACCAAACAGAGCACCCGAGCUACCUACAUUCCACAACAUUGCUAGAUCGGACUUGGUUCGGACAAGUCCUAUUGGGUGUAUAUUCGCCCAGCCAUUAUUUUGCAGAGCUGCAUCAAUCUGUAUUACUGAUAUGAAGUUGGCAACAAAAUUUGUCCGUGAACUGAACGUUUGGAUGACAUGCCCACUAGAAUGUCGCAUCCCCUGUGCUACGUCGGGUUAUCUCUGCCACGCAAAACCAAAUGUGCUGCUCGUCAGCAUUGAAGAGCGCCUAGUAGAUUGGCGUUCUCGAAAACGAGUAAUGCUUCAGCGAUCCAGCAUGGUACCUCCCCGGAAGAUAAAACCCAUCGUCAAAUAUAACGGCGAUGCUUAUCCGGAUAACCUAGGGGGACAGCCAGCCAAACAGUCACUGUGCUCCCGGAUGCUCAACCUAACAAGACACAACCCACCGUACCCGCUUGUUUGCCCGAAUAAAGACGUCCACGUUAACAGAUAUCGACCGCUGAUUGUGGCCCAGCAUGAAUUACACACUGAUAGUGACCGCUUAUACGACUCACUGAAAACGAGUGCACGUUGA